AUGACCAUGAGUGGUUGCAAGUUGAGUGAGGCCAGGGAGGUUACUCGUGAGCUAGGUGACCAGAGGCCGCUAUUGGUUGAAGGAGGAGAAAUGCAAGAAGUCAUUGUCAUCAGAGAUGAGGUAGGCAAUGACAGAGCAAUCGACGUUAAAGCUAACGUGCAUGCUGGUGUCGGCAAGGCAACAAGUGUUGGUGAAGACGCCAUGGGCACCGCUAAGGGCGAGACACCAUGGGCGCCACUAGGUGAGGCGACCCAAGAUGCUGAUGGCGAGGUGGUGUGGACGUCAGCUGGUGGGCGUGCUAAUCAUGAAGAGGGCAUCGCUGUGGGGUGGGCUAGGCUUGGUCAGGGGAGUACGCAGUGGCAUCACCGAGUGCUAAGCAUGGCUUGGCGUGUGCGCUGGUGA